UUCAUUUAUUUUUGUUUAUUAUAUUAAGUUAAUUUUCUAGACACUGCUUUUAAACCUCUCUCAUUGUGUGAAUCUCUGUUGAGUUUGUUAUAUAAACAACAUGCUCCAUGUUUGUUUUGUGUCAUUCUACUUUCUCUCUUAGAAAGUGUUGAAGAGCAAUGGGAGCACUUCAUUACUUGAUCUCCAACUUUUGCACUGCACCAAACACAAAAACCAAACGCAAACCAAUGCAGACAGUUGAGAUCAAAGUCAAAAUGGAUUGUGAUGGGUGUGAAAGAAGAGUCAGAAAUGCAGUGGCUACAAUGAAAGGAGUAAAAUCAGUGGAGAUAAACAGAAAGCAGAGCAAGGUGACAGUGAACGGUUUUGUUGAUCCAAACAAGGUGUUAAAAAGGGUAAAAAAUACUGGAAAAAAAAGAGCUGAAUUUUGGCCUUAUGUUCCACAACAUGUAGUUACAUAUCCUCAUGCCCCUGGAGUCUAUGACAAAAGAGCACCAGCAGGGUAUGUAAAAAAUGUCCAAACAUUACCAUCAUCAAUUGAUACAGAAGAAAAACUUAUGUCCUAUUUCAGUGAAGAUAAUGUUAAUGCAUGCUCCAUCAUGUAACCAAUAACCAAAAAAAUAUAUAUAUAAUAUAUCUUGAAUUUUGUUUCUUAGUAUUAGAGAUGCUAAAAUUAAAUACCUUUAAUUUUUGUCUCUCUAAUUUCUAUUGGUAAUUUAAUUUUUAUUUUUGUAUUUUGUGUUAGAUCAAUCAAUCGUUAAGUAUUUGAAUUUUGUUGCUUC